ACUUUUUGUUGGUUUGCUUUAUCACCUUUAUCGACACGUUUAAAUUAUUCUAUGUCUCUAUAUUCACCAUCAACAAAAUAAAAAAGCCAGCCAAGAAAAUAAGAAAAACCAUUCUUUUGACUCCAUUCCAAAACUUUCAUUCUUUUGUCUGAUAUCUCAGGUUAAUAAAGAGAUUAAUUUAAGGUGACCCUCAUUGUCAUUUCACUUGGGGAGUGAUAAAAUUUCAAUCUUUGUCAAGUAUCAGUUAAAACCCAAAGGCUAUAUGCAACAGUGCUAACUUUUGGUCAUGGCGCAACAGGAAGAAGGAUGGCCUUUGGGAUUGCAGCCAUUAAAUUUGAGAAUAGGUUUGGGUAAUAGAAGCAGGGAUGGAUCAACUUCAUUCAACACUUCACUUAGUGACUCUCUUACUUCCUCCACAGAUUCUUCCUCAGAUUUGGACACUGAGUCCACAGGGUCUUUUUUCCAUGAUAGGAGCACAACACUUGGAAGUCUUAUUGGUGUUAACAGCAUAAUUAAUCUCUCAAGAAGAUCAACAAGGGGAAUUAGACCAAAUGGUGUAAUGACAGAAGUACAAAAAAACAACUACAGGUCUAAAACAACAGCAUGGUGUUUCUCUUUGUGUCCAAGAAACAGCACAGAUGCUAAGAAUGUAAUGAUGAUAAGGAACAGUGACAGUAAUGCUCCAUCACUUGGUCAUUUUCUUGCAGUUGAAAGAAGAGCUGCUAAUGAACAUAAUAGAAGAAGCCACCACCAUAGUCCUUUGAUAUAUGGACCUGACGAAUUUGCAAUGGCAUUGCCUAAUAGAGACCAGAAUUCAUUGUUUGCCAAUGGCCAAAUUGCUCCACCUCAGUUGAGUCCAUGGUCAUCAGGUUCUGAUGAUAUUGAAAAUAGACAGAGGACCAACAGAGAAUUAGAUCAUGAUGCACAUGGACAAGGUGCUCCACUUUUGUUUCCAUGCAUGUGUGGAUGAUAUCUUAUAGAGUUUAAGGCUUUGGUACAACUCUGUGUAUUACCUGAUUUUUGUUUCUAAUUUGGUUUUCUUGAUUCGAGGACUAAAGCAGCAUAUUUUUGGACCUCCUUGUGAUUUACUUGAUCGUCAAGGAGAGUUAGUAGCAGUUCUGAUUGAUCAUGACGGUCAACUUCUUUUGAUUAUUCCUUGUUUUCUUCAAUUAAAGAGACAUGUUGGAGAAACUUUUUGUAA